AUCGGUGCGGAACGAUCAAAACUACAUCGAUCUGCUGUCAGCAUUAGCCACUUCCCCGUAGAGGCAUAGCAGCAUCUUGAUCCCAGCAACAAAGGAAGCUUCCGACCACUUAUAAAGAGGGAUUCUCCAAGCACGUCAUCUACAGCUUGUUUUGCUUGAUCGCAGCUGAAGCGUUUUUGGGGCGUUCCCCGGAGCUCCAGACGUUUAAGCGACUUGAAAGCUUUUUAACUUUCUUUAACUACGGACCGCCGAAGCAUUUAUUAUACUUCUGCUAUGGGGCCGCAUUGUUAAUCUUACGAUCUUUUCCCACUAUUAUUAUUUCCGCAGUAUAAUUAUUUUAGGUGGUUCUUCCAACCGAACCAAUCAUGGCGGAGAGUCCGGUCGAAAAGGGAAAUACGAAUAGCGGACAGCACCUGGGUGAAGACGUCGCUGUUGGUCUCGAGGACGUUAGUACUAUUCCAAAGGGUACUAUUGAUCCCGUAUACGAGGCGAAGGCGAGAGUCUUGAAUAGAGCUAUUCAGGAUAUUGGUAUGGGAUGGUACCAAUGGCAACUGUUUGUUGUUGUGGGUUUUGGCUGGGCCUCUGACAACCUCUGGCCCAUCGUCACGUCGCUUAUAUUCACUUCCAUUGCCAAUGAGUUUCACCCGUCGCGCCCCCCGCUACUAAGUCUUGCUCAAAACAUCGGCCUGCUCUUCGGGGCAGUGUUUUGGGGGUUUGGCUGCGAUAUCUUUGGCCGAAGAUGGGCUUUCAAUCUCACUCUUGGUAUAACCGCAGUGUGGGGCAUGAUAGCCGCCUCUGCCCCUAAUUUCGCUGCCAUUGGGGUCUUCGCGGCGUUUUGGUCGUUUGGCGUUGGUGGCAACUUACCUGUCGACUCUGCGAUCUUUCUCGAAUUUCUUCCUGGAUCUCACCAGUACUUACUUACCAUUCUAUCCAUCGAUUGGGCCGUGGCUCAAGUUGUAGCCAACUUAAUUGCGUGGCCGCUGCUCGGGAAUUUCACCUGCCAACAGACGGACACCGACUGUACCAGGGCUAAGAAUAUGGGAUGGCGCUAUUUCAUGAUUACGAUGGGCGGGCUGACACUUAUCAUGUUUUUCCUCCGUUUCUUCUGCUUCACUAUCUAUGAGUCACCCAAAUAUCUUAUGGGAAAGGGCUUGGAUGAAGAAGCAGUGCGCAUAGUUCACGAGGUAGCACGGCGAAAUAAGAAGUCUUCGUCGCUAAGCGUCGAGGAUCUAAAAGCCUGCGAGCCAAACGGAUACGAGAAUAGGACUACCGCGAAUGAUGCUGUAAAGCGUAAACUGGAAAGUAUUGAUCUCACUCACAUACGGUCCCUGUUUGCGACAGGCAAGUUGGCGUAUAGUACCGGGGCGCUGAUGGUCGUGUGGGCUUUUAUUGGUCUUGGAUAUCCAUUGUAUAACGCUUUCCUCCCGUAUAUCCAGAGCACUCGCGGCGUAGACUUUGGUGACGGAUCAACUUACAUCACAUACCGCAAUUCGCUUAUCAUUGCGGUACUUGGUGUACCUGGUGCCCUUGCCGGCGGCGCUCUCGUCGAACUGCCACACUUCGGGCGAAAAGGAGCCUUAAGUCUAAGCACGAUCCUGACCGGCGUGUUUCUCUACUGCUCGACCACCGCGACUAACUCAUCAAGCCUGUUGGGUUGGAACUGCGCCUACAACUUUACGAGCAAUAUCAUGUAUGCCGUCUUAUACGCAUUUACGCCCGAGCUGUUCCCAACAAAAGACCGAGGUACAGGGAAUGCACUCACGGCUACCUCAAACCGUAUCUUCGGUAUUAUGGCCCCUAUCAUUGCUAUGUUCGCCAACUUGCAGACAUCAGCUCCGGUAUACACAAGUGGUGCAUUGUUCGUCGCGGCCGGACUCCUCGUGGGGACGUUGCCAUUUGAAUCUAGAGGGAAAGCAAGCUUAUAAAGAUGCCUCUUCCGGAUACGUUAGCAAGUCCAUGAGCAGAGGGUUGUUAGCCUCAUUAUUCAAUUAUGUAUAUUACUGCGGUACUAAAAACGAUACCCUAUGUUACAUCGUCUUGGUUUAUGGAAAAGUCCUCAGGUUCACUCCUGUCAUUGAAGUUGUCUUAUUCAGGUUCAUGUUUAAGGUAUGUUUAGCC